GGGGAUUCUGCCGACUCAUCACAAUCCGUCGCACAUCGGCGCAAAACCGUGCGACAAUUAGUCUCGUGACCUCGCGAACACACAAUUGACAUAACAUUGCCAUUGGCACUCAUUCGAGUCGUUUCGCUACUCGACGGCAGGUCCUCGAGACGAGCAAGCACAUUGCAAAGCCCGCCCUUCCGCCCGACAUGGCAACCCAGCAGCAGCAGAAUGAGAAGGGAGAUGCGCCGGUGGCGGCUUCGAUGAAGAAGGGUCCCAGCGCAUUGAGGUCCAUCAUUGCCGGGUCUACGGCCGGCGCCGUUGAGAUUGCUAUUACCUACCCUGCCGAGUUCGCCAAGACACGUACACAACUCAACCGGAAGCUCGCAGAGGGCCAGAAGCUGCCAUGGCCGCCGUUUGGAAAGCAGUGGUAUGCCGGCUGCACGACUCUGAUAAUAGGAAACUCGGCUAAGGCGGGAAUUCGAUUCGUUGCAUUUGACCAGUACAAACGUAUGCUUGCGGACGAGAAUGGAAAGAUGUCGGGGCCCAGGACUGUCCUGGCUGGAUUUGGCGCGGGUGUCACUGAGUCUCUGCUCGCUGUGACGCCGACGGAAAGCAUCAAGACGACAUUAAUUGAGGAUCGGAAAUCGGCAACGCCUCGGCUGCGCGGGUUCCUGCAUGCCGUACCUAUAAUAGCCCGCGAGCGUGGUAUAAAAGGCUUCUUCCAGGGUUUUGUGCCUACAACAGCACGACAGUCAGCAAACAGUGCGACGCGAUUCUCGGCCUACACUUUCCUCCGGCAGAUGGCGGAGUCUUACACGGCCCCCGGGGAGAAACUUGGCACUGUUGGGACAUUCGCUGUUGGCGGCGUAGCGGGACUCAUCACAGUUUACGUCACACAACCGCUCGAUACCAUCAAGACGCGCAUGCAGAGCUCCGAGGCUCGGUCAGUCUACGGAAACAGCUUCCGUUGCGCGUCAAUAAUCUUCAAGCAAGAAGGUAUCCUGACCUUCUGGAGCGGCGCGCUGCCUCGCCUGGCGAGGCUGAUAAUGAGCGGUGGUAUUGUUUUCACCAUGUACGAGAAGAGCAUGGACUUGAUGGGACGAAUGGAUCCGGAUGGAAAGUACAUCUGAACGGGGUCGCACCUGAUAACGUCCUGGUUCCCUUUCACCUCGCGAAAUGUAUAUGGGAUAUAAAGAGGUGUUGAGGAGUUUGUUUGUACAUGGCACUGCCACGUGACUUUCUGGGUAUAAAAUCUAGAUGGCAAUACACAAAUAUGAUACAGACAUUGGCCAUUCCCCCUUGAUGCGGUGCCCAGAAGAGAUUAGAUUCGUCGCGUAUAUCGUAUGUAUCGUACAAGCCUGGUGGUACAGAAGGAGCGCAAGACGAGCGAGCGAUGCUAUCAUAAUAACGUCAUAUUCCCCUCCUCUUCAUUGUAGGCGGAACAUGCCCGAAAUCCUCAUCAUUAACCGGUGCCAUACGGUUCUUGUCGGGGCAGCAUCGAGGUCUUUGAUCAAGUCGUCGUAGUAAGUCGGUUUGCUCUUGGGCUUGAGCAUAUAGUCCUCCGUGAUGCGGUAUCUGUUCUUGUAGCGGUUGUCGAGUAGCGAGUAGAGCGCGUUCGCCUGCCGCAAGUCGACGCCCUCACCAGUCUCGAGCCGCUUGGAGAGCACGUCCUGCAGCUGCCUCUCAGGCCGCAGGGGGUCCUUGGGCCAGCGUCCGAGGGCGGCGCCGAAGUGCUUUGCUGCAACACUUCUUGACAUUGUGAUUGAAAAGGCUUCUGGCCCAAGAAGGCUCAGGACUUUUCUUCAAUGGAGAAAUACUGAUGAUAUCUUACCCAUCAACUUUUGGCGGAGGAUCCACCGUCACGACUCUG